AUGCCUCGACUAGAAAUCCCCGAGUUCCUCGACUACUUACGCGCCUUUAACAAGAAGGACUACGACAAGCAGCAUGCCUUCUAUGCUGACAAUGUCCAACUCAUCGUUCCGGACCCCGCCAUUGGCACCCUUAAAGGCAGCAAGGGGAUCAUGGACCACUACGGGCCAGUCCACGCCAACGCUGACGAAUUCGUUAUCCCCAUUUCCGUCAUGAGCGACCGCGGAAAAGUCUUUCUCCAGAUGGAAGCAUACUUCAAGUACCUGAAUAAGGCGAAGGGCGUCCACGACAUUGAUGUGGUACCUGGCGACAUUAUCAAGAUCACCACAUGCGCGUUAUAUGACCUGGAUGAACAGAACAAGAUGACCCUGAUCAGGUGCUACCUAGGAUCUGCGGAUAAGCUGGGACAGGCAGACCUAAAGGAGGCGAUACGGGACAGUGAGAGCAGAGCGAGUCCGGAUUUACGGUUAUACAAUUACUAG